AUGUGGUGUAAAGGAGAAGACGGCAUCAUGCGCUGGGGCGGAAGAAGCGAGUCGAGCGAGACGACGGUGUCGGAUGAACCGAACUGGUUUCCGCACGAAAACGACGGGUCGACGGAAGAAGGAGGAAGAGGAGGAGAGAACGACGAAGACGAUGACUACGAUAGAUUUUCUCCGAGGUAUUUACACCGCGCGACGCAAUGUGGGAAGGAUUUGACGAAAGUAAUCCUGUUCGGUGGACAAAGUACUUCUGGAUUCCAUAACGACGUCUUCUUCUUAGAUAUGAACGAGAGGAAGAAUCCGACGCACGCCUUUGAAAAGUUGCACGUGUCUGGGGAGCCACCGCUUCCUAGAUGCAGUGGGUCGAUACAAACGUUGAGAGUGUUUGGUAACAAACCUGGAUUAGGACGCGAAGUUAUCGCGUUAUUUGGAGGGUCGCAAGGCUACAUAAGUGGAUUCCAGGACGAUCUUUUGGUCCUAGCUCCAUCCGAUAAAAAAUCAAACGAGGAUAUAUCCAUGGCUUUAGAAAGAAAGAGCUCGUUGACGUGGUACGAACCGACAAUCAUCGAGAAGAAUCCGGUGCACGGAAGACCAGCACCACGAUGGGGACACGCCACGUUCGCUCGGAAUGGAAAAUUGCUCGUUUUUGGCGGGUCAAACACGAACGCGUGUUUCAACGAUUUCUGGGAGUGCACGUUGGAGAGCACGGACGACGCGUGUCCGUUCGCAAUCACGGCGACGUGGAAGUUACUUUGUCCAGAAAACCGUCGAGCUUACGAAUCGAUACCAUGUCCAAGGGCUGGGGCGACUUUGUGCGUCGUCAAUGACGUCGCGUACUUAUUCGGCGGGUGUCGCGUUUCGACUACGUUUAACGACUUGUGGAAAUUCGACUUGAGCGAGACUGGCGAUAUCCUCUGGCAGCAAGUCACAACGACUGGCUUAGCACCGACACCUCGCGUCGGCCAUUCUAUGUUGACAAUCGGAAACCGACUCAUCAUUCAAGGCGGCCGAGGGAUGCAAGCAAACUCAACAGUUCCUGGUAAGAUGAGCACAAGAGGCUUAGCCGCUUUGCAAGGUCUCGUUUUCUACGAAUCCGGGUUCUCCGUGCUCGACCUUUCGAAGAUGAACUGGUUGCCGAGGCAAUACCCGAAAGCCGCGGAGGAGGAGGAAGAAGAAGAGGAGGAGGAAAAGAAGGAAUCUCUCACUACGAAUACCGAACAAAAUAGGGACGACGUCAACGUCCGAGAACACCGAACUGGACACGUGAUGAUGCUCGCGCCGCAAGGUAUCAUUCUCGUCGGUGGAUUGGGCUACAAUGCCCGAUUUCAGUCCGACGUCCAAACAGUCAAACUUUUUUAA